CGCAAGUGCGCAUGUCGGUAGUUAUCCACACAUGGCCGCGACCACGAGAUAGUAAAUCACCGGUAUUUUCUUACAUAAUGCACGAAUAGGUUGGGUUAAACUAAAUAGAUAUAUAGACAUUAGUUAGGUAUAUUUCUACAAAAUGGGGAAUUCAUCGUCUACAUCGACAGUUCCUCCGCCUUCCAGCUCCAGCAUACCAUCACCACCACCUGCAGCACCCUCACAACCUUCUAACUUGACACCACCACCGUCUGUAGUUACGUCAGAGAUAAAACCUCCAAAUGAAGUCAAAGAAGAAACAACCACUAAUCCAGGCACAUUUGAAGAGAUGCAUCGAAAGUGCAAAGAGCUUUUCCCUCAGACAUUUGAGGGUGGUAGAUUCCUUGUGUCAAAAGGGUUGAGCAGUCAUUUCCAAGUCAGUCACACGCUCACUAUGUCCCAGGUGUCACCACAAGAAUCAGGAUACAAGUUUGGUGCUACUUACAUAGGAACCAAACAGUACAGCCCCUCUGAGGCAUAUCCAGUAAUGAUGGGAGAUAUUGACCCAUCGUUGAAUUUAAAUGCACAUAUCAUACAUGCAUUCACUAGGAAAAUAAGAACCAAACUCCAGUCUUCGGUACAGGAGGGGAAAUUCAUGGGUCAAGGAUCAAUAGAUUACUUAGGGGAUGAUUUUACCUCAACUCUAACUCUAGGAAAUAUUGAUAUUUUGAACAAAACAGGUGUCAUUGUGGGCCAUUACCUACAGAGAGUGACCCCUAGUGUAGCUCUAGGAGCAGAAUUAGUGUAUCAGAGGGGACCCAGGGUUCCCGGAGGAGAAAUUACUGUCAUCUCAUUAGCUUCCAAAAUUACAGGUGAAAAUUGGCAAUUCACUGCCAACAUUUGCCCAUCAGCAGUUGCAGCACAUUGUUGCUAUUAUCAUAAAGUAAAUGAACAAUUGUCCAUUGGAGCAGAAGUAGAGACAAGUCUCAUGACACGAGAAAGUGUAGGGAAAGGUUGUUACCAGCUAGAAAUACCGAGUGGAAAUGCAAUUUUUAAAGGUUCUUUUGAUUCAAAUUGGACGGCAGAAGCUGUGUUAGAAAAGAAACUGAUGCCUUUACCAUUCACUUUACAGCUAAGUGCUACUGCUAACUUUGCUAAUGUUCAGAAAAGUCAAUAUAGGUUUGGAAUAGGUCUAGUUCUUGGCUGAGAGUUUUAACAAAGGAAAUUGACUGUGAUCUUAAGUGAAGUUCACCUUAUCAUUUAGGGGAAGGUGAGACUUUACAUUUACUGAUGUAUGCCUGGAGGGAAAGACAUUAGAAUUGUUUGUGGUGUGGUGGCCACUUGUUCUUCACCUUUAGAUAAGGGACAUCACUCCAGGCUAUUUGCUGAAUUUUUCUGUAUACUAAUUGAUGUUUAAUAGUGAAUGUCACUUAUAAGCUGGCAUUAUGCUGUACUUAGAAUGUGUGAUAAACAGGUAGCUGUGUGUGGCAUUUGUAUCAAACGUAUGAUGUUUAAUAAUAUAUGCAAUGUAGACCAUUAUGAUAAAAAGAUUCAAUUUUCUGUCAUAAACAAUAUCAUCAAAGGGUAUUUUAUACAAAAACCUUGAAUGUUUACAAAGGCAUUAAUAUUUGUCCUCUGUCAUUUCCAAAGGGUUGUUUAGAUAUUCAUGUUCAAUUUCAAGCAAGAUUUACCAAUGAUUACUUGGCAUAUUUUAAUUAUUAUCAUUAUUAAUAGAGGCAUUGCUUUGAAUCUUUGAUACAGAUGAAUGCAUUUAAUUGUAUUUAAUUAAUUGAUGAGACGACAUGUACAUUAUGCUAAACAGUAUUUUAUUCUACUGAUUAUACUUUUAGCUGGAAAACAAAGUGUUCAGAAUCUUCUUGGCAUUGUUUACUUUUAUCAGCACUGCCAUAUGACUUUCAUCACCAUCUACAUAUUUGCUGAUUAUUCACUGUGUCAUUAAAGAAAUUUUAAACCAGCA